AUGGAGUCCCACGUGAAGAGGCUGCUGGCAACAACAGUUGAUAGCCGUGCUGCGGCAACUCCCAGCCAACGCUUUGCAGUCAUUCCACAGGGAUCGGAAACGAGCAAUGGCUUCCGAGAGAUUUCGAUAAAGGACCUGGCGCAGGCUGUGAAUGCCAUGUCUUGGUGGAUCGAAAGCACUAUCGGACCCGCAACCUCUCGGGAAACAUUGGCUUACAUGGGAGGCAAUGAUAUUCGUUAUUUUAUAUUUUUGCUUGCUUGCCAAAAGACUGGAUACCAGGCCUUUCUGCCUUCACCCAGGAACGCGGACGAAGCCCAUGUUCAUCUACUGAAAGUGACAAACUGCACCAAGUUCUUCUUCAGCGAGGAGCGCCAGGCACUGGUUUCGGGCAUCCAGGCACUUGUUCCCGGCUUGAACCUCUUCCAACUCCCGUCGGUAGAGACGAUCUUCAGUGAUGAGAGUGGUCUGCGGCAUUAUCCGUACUCCAAGUCUUAUGCCGAGGCCGAGGACGACACAAUUUGCAUAAUUCAUAGCUCUGGAACGACCGGCCUGCCAAAGCCCGUACAUCUCACCAAUGGCUUUAUGAUGACUUUCGAAGCUAGCGCGCAUCUCGCGGUGCCGGAAGGUCGGCAACCAGCUGUAUUCUACAAUCUGGGCCAAGAAGACACGAUGCUGGCACUGGCGCCGAGUUUCCAUCUCAUGGGACUGCUAGGUUACAUAUACUCGGUAUGGUUCGGGGUGCCUGUCAUGCUCGGCCCAGACAAGCCCAUAUCCGUCGACUACAUGGUGGAGAUUUUGCGCACUGGCCGGCCCACAGGCGCGAUGUGUCCUCCCUCGCUCCUGGAAGACAUGAGCUACUCCGACGAAGCACUAGCCUGUCUGAAGAAUCUCAAGGCGAUAUACUACGGCGGCGCAUCUCUCUCCCCAGAGAUUGGGGAUCGACUGCGAAAGUAUACCCAGAUUGUGACGGUCAUCGGGACCAGCGAAAUCGGCUGGAUUGCAUCGUUGGUACCGGAAGAUCCUGCCGACUGGGGCUACUUCGAUUGGAGUGAAGCCUACGGCGUGGACAUGCAAGAAGUCGGUGAUGGUAUCUUUGAAUUGGUCAUUCCUCGGCAGGAAAACGCUCGCGACUUCAAAGGCAUCUUCCAUACGUUCCCUGACAUCAAUGUGUAUCCGACCAACGAUCUCUAUACCAGACACCCGACGAAUCCACGUUUGUGGAAGUUCUAUGGGCGUAAGGAUGAUGUGACUGUCCUCAGCAACGGCGAGAAGUUCAAUCCUGUUGAGAUGGAGGUCAUCAUUGAAGGACACCCACUGGUUGCAAGGGCAGUCGUGGUUGGUCAAUCCCGGUUCCAGGCUGCGUUGCUCGUUGAGCCAAGUGAUGGGGCCUCGGGUAUGGACGAGAAGGCCCUCAUUGAGGAAAUCUGGCCGGCUGUACAAGCGGCCAACCAGACCAUCGCUGCUCAUGGUCGGGUGAUGAAGAACAAGAUCGGUGUCGCACCGAAGUCGAAGCCUUUCAAGAGGACCCCCAAAGGCACCGUACAGCGUCGAGCGGUUCUUCGAGAGUUUGAGAAGGAGAUCGAUGCAAUCUAUGCCAAGGACCUCGAGGAUGACUUGGACCCUCUACCAGAGACCUUGGACAACGAGAGUGUUACAGCGUACACUCGCCAGAUUAUUGCUCGCGUCCUGGGAAAGUCGGAUAUUGCAGACACUGACGAUUUUUACUCUGCCGGGCUUGAUUCUCUGAUGACCAUCCAGGUCUCUCAGAUAUUGCAGAAGAGUAUCCAACUGCGACGGCCGGAUGUGACGACAGCGACCACCGACGCCCAAACCAUCUAUGUCAACCCGACAGUUGAGCGAUUGUCGCAGGUCGUGAUGAACAUCCUGAAUGGGGAAGUACAAGCUGGUGUCCCGCGAGCGGAGAAGAUCCAGACUCUAGUGGAGAAGUACACUUCGGAUCUGCCAGCACGGGAAGCCAAACCUCAAGGCGGAUUGCCUUCGCCUUCAACGGUGAUCCUGACUGGAUCAACUGGUUCACUGGGAACCUAUCUACUGCAUACGUUGCUGAGUAGCAAAGGAAUCGCCAAAGUCUACUGCUUGAAUCGUUCGCCCGCCGAAUCACGACAGAGAAAGAGCUUCGAACAGAAAGAAUUGCAUCUUGGCGCGAAUGACUGGACAGACAAGGUCGAAUUUCUGCAAGCUUCAUUUGGAGAACCACGAUUCGGACUGAGCGAAUCCAAAUACCAAGAACUACUUGGCUCAGUUGACACCAUCAUCCACAACGCCUGGAAAGUCGACUUCAAUCAUUCCGUCGAUUCCUUCGAGGACACUCACAUCCAAGGCGUGCGACGCUUCGUCGAUUUCAGCUUGAGCAGCCGGCACAAUGCCCACCUUCACUUCAUUUCCUCCAUCAGCACGGUGGGAGCCUGGACCCCUGAAAUGGGAUCUUCGGUGCCAGAAGUACCAUUGGAGGACUGUGCAGCGGUUCUCCCACAAGGCUACGGUGAAUCCAAGCACGUCGCCGAGCGCAUCUGUCUAGAGGCAUCGCGACGGUCCCAGGUUCCGACAACGGUGUAUCGCGUCGGACAGAUCGCAGGACCGACUAGCGCAAGCGGACUAUGGAAUCCGCAGGAAUGGCUGCCAACGAUCAUCGCGACCUCGAAAACGAUGGGUAAAAUACCCAAUAGCUUGGGCUCGACCGCGGUCGAUUGGGUACCAGUGGAUACUUUAUCCCACAUCAUAGUGGAGAUUGUCAACACACGUCAUAGCAGCUCCCCCGAGCCAUUGUGUGCGGUAUUCCAUCUCACGAAUCCGGAAGUGGCACCUUGGUCAUCGUUGAUUCCCGCUGUUCAAAGCAAGUAUGAGGUCGAGCCAGUGGCGUUAUCGGCGUGGGUUUCUGAGCUAGAAAGUAUACCCAAUCCCAGCAGCGCGGAUAUUGCCUCAAAACCUGCGCUCAAGCUGCUUGAUUUCUACCGUGCACUGCAAGAUGAGGGCGGUGCCUUGUCGGUGGCGCUGGAUGUCCGUCGGGCGAGAGAGGCGAGUGUCAGCAUGCGAGCGCUGGGGCCUAUUUCUGCCGCGCUGAUGGCAAAUUGGCUACAGCAAUGGCAGUUUUGA